UAUUUGCGUUCGCGGCGUCAGGCAGUCUCCUCAACGCGAAAAUAAAGGUUGCAAUUAAGAAAUGGCCAAAGAAAGGAGCGAAAAACAACGUUCGUGAUUUCUACCAGGUACACCAUCAUCCUACUUAAGCACACACCAUGGGCGGCGGCGAUCUGAACUUGAAGAAGUCAUGGCAUCCAUCGACGCUACGCAAUAUCGAAAGAGUAUGGAAGGCGGAACAGAUGCGCGAUCAAGAGAAGGCGAAGAUCGAGCAAUUGCAAAAAGAACUUCAAGAAGAACGCAACAAGCAGGAAAUGCGCCAGUAUGCCGAGAAUAAAGGUGUUGUAAAAAAGAAGCAGGAGCGGCUCGACUGGAUGUACCAGGGAGUUGCUGGCCUGGUAGACAGGGAACAAUACCUGCUUGGUCGCAAGGUUGACAAGAACUUUGAAAUCCUGAAAAAAGAGGAGGACGGUGUGGCGGACAAGAACGAAGAUGAAGAGCCCGGUGCUAUUUUCACCAUGGCGCCUACUAAUGCUGCUGUGGACCUAGAAAACAAGAUACGAGAGGACCCAUUAUUUGCCAUCAAAAAACAGGAAAUGAAGACUAAGAAAACCUUGCUGAGCAAUCCUGUCAAGAUGAAGCAUCUCAAAGAAAUGAUUGAACAGUCCAUAAAGAGUUCAAAAAAAGCCCACAAGAAGAAGAAAAAGAAAGAGCACAAGAAGCACAAGAGGAGGUCACCCAGUGUGUCCAGCAGUAGUGACAGCACCACUGAUGAGCAUGCCCAGCGUCCCAAACACUCCAAAAUGGACGAUAAAAGAGACCCCACAUUUAACACUUUUGGUCAUAGAGGUGACAAAGAGCAUAGUGUUUCCAGGCACCACUCAGAUGGAGCAUCAAGGCUGAGGAGAAAUUUAUCACCUCAUCCUCGUUCACAUACAGAAAAGAGCUACACUCGGAGGGACACCCACCCACGAAGCCAACAUGAGAAGAGUAACAGCAGCCGAGGAGAAAGCCUACGCCACCAACCUAAUGUAUCCGUGGAAAAAAAAUCCAGGAGGCGGCAUGACUCUACAUCUUCAGACUCCCAAGACCGUCACGAGGUUGUGACACAGCUUAAACGACCUGUCAAGAGCAGCUCUCGAUCACACAGUAAAAGGAAGAGACAUGAUUCGAGUAGCUCCAACAGCAGUGAAAAAGACCACAAGAACUGUGAAAGCAGUCAGCGCCCCACCAGUCCAGUCUCGGAGAGUGGCAACCACCAGCAAGAUAAAAGGCCAAAGUUUGGUCUCAUUGUUCGAGGCAACCAGAGUCGCAAAAGAGAGCAGCAACCACCACCUAUGAAAGUACAACCAAAGGAGCAUAAGCCGAACAAAACAGCACCCCAGGCUACACAGAGGCGCAGACCAUUGAGUGAAGAAGAGAAAGCUGCAGCUCGCAGAGAGAUGAUGGAGAAUGCCCAGUGGCAUGACGAACAGCGCAAGACUAUCGUCAAUCAUUAUCGCAAGAGUGAAGCUGCUGAAGAAAAUAACCACCACAAAAACAUAGGGGAAGGAUUCAUCCGGCCCAUGCUGGCAAAGGCUGCAGACUCUGGGAGCGUGGAGAACCGCAUCAAGCAAAAAAUGUACACUGUGCAGCGAUCCAGCAAUGCCAUGGACGUCCAUUUUGCUAGAAAAUAAAUCGCCCUGCACUAACAACUAUAUAA